UUGAUCCAUUCUCUCUAACCCAUAAUCAUCUUCAUUUCAUUUCCUUUUAAGCCAAUAUUAUCAUCAAUAUAUACAUCACUUUGUGCCCUCAUAGCACCGACACCUUUUAGGCUAAUCAAGUUGUCAAAUAUUAACUAAUUCUAAAUUGAUAGUGAAUUUUUUUCAAGCUUAUGUGAGUGUGAGAGUUUCUUCUAACAUGGAAAGAUCAUCACUCUCUUCAUCUACUAAAAGGAGAGGUAUAAAGAAAAGAGUAGUGGAAAUUCCAAUGAAGGAUGUGGAAGGGACUAAUACCCCACCAUCGGAUUCAUGGGCUUGGAGAAAGUACGGUCAAAAACCCAUCAAAGGUUCCCCUUAUCCAAGAGGAUACUAUAGAUGUAGCAGUUCAAAGAAUUGUCCCGCGAGGAAACAAGUGGAAAGGAACCAUGUGGACCCCACGGUGCUACUUGUAACCUACACUUCCGAUCACAACCAUGCCGUGCCGCCACCGAGAAACUACCGUAAUACAAGCAACACCGCUGCAUCGAACAAAGACUCUGAAUCAGAGCAGGAGGCUGAACCGGAAACCGAGGAGAGAUUUGCGGAUCUUGGAGAGGUGUCGUUGAUGGCUUCGGCGGAUGAGUUAGGCGGAUGGUUGGGGGAAGUGGAGGCGAUCGCGUCGCCGGGGGUUUUGGAGUGUCCGGUUUUCUCGGAGCAGGAGGUGUCGAUGUUGGGGGAAGAGGAGAUGUCGCUGUUUGCGGAUUUGGGGGAGUUGCCGGAGUGUUCGGCGGUGUUUUGGAGAGGGAGGAGGAGUGCCGGCGAUGUGAGUGUGGGACCACUGGUUGAGGCAAAUUGUUCAUUGUGACACGUGUCGUAACCUCUACAUUUUUCAUUUUUUGUUUUUAGUUUUCCGGGUUUGUUGGGUUUAGUUUGGAAGAAACAAAAUACAAGUGGAUAUAUGCAGUUGGGAGAUUCUGUCUCCACGUGCUUGUAAUUAUUAUCAACUACAAUCCAAAUAAGUUCAUAACUUGCAGUUUGGUUCAAUAAUUGGUAGCAUUAGAGUCUUAUCCGGUAGAUAUUAAUGGUGGAAAAAUAGAUUUAAUUUGUUGAACAUUUUGAUUUUAUUUGCAAUAAUUUCAGAGUGGCCUUGAAUUUUAAAUCCACGCAUUUUAAUAUGGGUCAUUUUGUUUCGUUUCCUCAAAUUUUUGCCAGUACAAAAUUAACAAGAAUUUGUGUAAUUUAAAGUUUUUAGGAGUGUAAAACUAUCAUGCAACUUCUCAAAAUGACUCUAACCUACAAUUCUACUAUGUUUUGCAUGGUACAAGUUACAAUGAUAAGAAUUAGAGUGAGGAAAUCACACAAUAGUUGAAGAAAAAAAAAGAAGAAAAAUAAUAAAGAUCUCCUCUAGUCGCAGCACGAUCAUAUAGAUCGUGGUGUGAUCCAUGAUACAAGCAAUAGAAUGAACUCCAUAAGAUACUAUG